UUAUACUGUAUUCAUUACAUUUAGAGGUAAAUAACUAAUAAAAAAAAAGUAAAACAAGAACUAUUAAAGAAGAAAUAUGAGUCUGUCCUUGGAAAAACUUGUGUCUUGUUUCUUCUUGGCGUGGAGUUACACCUUGGUCAGCAGUACUUCUGGUAACAAUGUCAAAUGCGGAGGUAACAUACACGCCUUGCAUGGCCAUUUCAACACACCCGAAUAUCCGAAUAUUUAUCCCGAUAGUGUGAAUUGUAAAUGGAAUAUAACUGUUCCAAUUGGGUACGAGAUAUCACUAAAUUUUACACAGUUUGACAUAGAGUGGACAGAUUUUUGUGAAUAUGAUUACGUCACAGUUAAAUCAACCAAUGGCACCAUUGGAAAAUAUUGUGGUCGCCGCGGCCAUCAAGAAUUUGGGGCAGCGAUCCCGCCUCUUGAGCCGAUUAUGAUCAAAGACAGCAACUUAGAAAUUUAUUUUCACACAGACCAUAACAACGAGGUUGAAGUACAUGGAUUCGAGGCUCAUUUUGCAGCUACAGAUAUUGAUGAGUGUCAAUAUAGCAAUGGCGGAUGUUCCCAUUUUUGUCAUAAUUUUAUUGGCUCAUAUUAUUGUUCCUGUCGUAUUGGUUACAGACUAGCAAAAGAUGGCCGCUCUUGUAUAGUUGUUUGUCAAAACAUAUUCGUCAACAAAGAACAUGGUGUAAUAGAAAGUCCAGAAUACCCUGCAAAUUACCCUCCACAUGCAUCAUGCGAUUGGCACAUCACUGCAGAUUCUGGUUAUUACGUUAAUCUUGAGUUUGUAGACUUCAACCUGGAGACACAUCAUUCAUCAAAAUGUCCUUACGAUCAACUGGCCAUAGAAGAUAAAGGUGGAAAAUAUGGUCCAUAUUGUGAACAAAAGCCAAGAAAGUUUCGAUCAAAAUCCAACUGGCUAAUUGUUGAAUUCUCCAGUGAUGCUAGUAACAGUAGAGAAGAUGAAGUAAAGAGGUUCAAAGCCAAGUUUUGGCUUGAAGGAAUUAAAUGUCCAGUCCUUUACCCACCAGAAGAUGGCAGCUUGUCGGGCGCAAAAAACUUUUCUUUCAAAGAAGAAAUUUUGUUCACAUGCAACGAAGGGUAUCGAUUGGUUGGUGGAAGUCAGAGUAGAACGUGCCAGUCCGAUGGAACAUGGACGGGAACUACUCCAAAAUGCGAAAGAAUAACCUGCGAUUAUUUUCCCCAAACACACGAAAACAUCAUUCUACGUGGAGACAGAACAUUUCCGCCAAACACCAGAGCUAUUUAUUACUACAAGGAUCGUCUAACCCAAUCAUGCUUUCCAUUCUACGAUCAAUUUGGACCUAAACAUAUCGAAUGCAAAGUUGAUGGUGAAUGGAGUAGGGGAAGAGCUUACUGUGUGAAAACGUGUGGUAGAGCAUAUCCACAAGGCAACAAUGAAAAAUUACAAAAAUGCAAUGAAGGACGCCAUCGCGCCAAAGCAAUUCCCUAUUCUCAACCUUGGUUGGUUGUAAUAAAAGAGAAUGGUCAAGUUAAAUGCUCAGGCAUCUUGAUCAGUGAUCAAUUUGUGUUGACAGUGGCACAUUGCAUACAGAAUACACUAGAAAGACGUGGCGAAAAAGGAACUUUAGAAAUUGUUCUUGGUGUACAAGAUCUAAAUACAAUGGCAACCAGUCGGAAGUUACAAAGACGAUCGGUAAAAAAGGUCCACAUGGCAAGCAAAUUUGACUAUGUUCUCCACAGCGAUAUCAGUAUUCUGGAGUUGUCCGCAAAAGUAAGCGUACACGAGCGUUAUGUGCAACCCAUUUGUUUGGCGCAUGAAAAACGACAAAAGCACCUCUUUAAAUCCGGUCAUAAUGUUGUUUCAACUGGUUGGUUAACAAGUGGUCAAAAAUAUAUUACCGAUCGCUGUGUACGGAUAGAGAGCAAAGAAAACUGCGGAAGCUUUACCAAUCAUAUUCAUAUAAGCCAUUUUGCCACUCGUUAUAAAGAUGAAAGCCAAAAUCGAAAAAGACUUGCACCAGUCGAUAUACUUUGUACAACGCCACCUAAAGGAGACAGCGACAAAUGCAAGCUUCUUCCUGGUAGCGGCCUUGUUGCGUAUGACGAUAAGACGAGAAAGUGGUACCUCGGUGGUGUAUUAACUUGGGGCGGAUUAGAUUUAAAGACAUGUACAGAUAUCAUGAAGAAAUACAGCAUGUACACGAAGGUUCCGAAAUUCUUAAAAUGGAUUAAAGAAACAACGGAUUUAAGAAUAAAAGACCUGGACGCAACUGCCGAUAAGUUUCGUAAUGGAAAAUAUGCAAAAGAAAAGCAAUAUGUAUGACAGGACUGUUCCCUAAUAAAGACAUAAUAAUAUUAAUUAGAAAUUUGGCCGAUAAAUUUUCUAAAAUUACUAUGGUGUAGAUAUUAGGACGGUAAGCAAAAAGUCUUUAUUCAUGUUCAGUCGAAAUAAUUUCAGCCUAGGCAAUAAAGAAUAUGAGAAGACUACAUGGUUUGUACAUUUGUAAAUUUUAAGUAGUAAUAUUUAAUUGUCAAGUUUUCUGUAAUCUCUUUCAAAAUAUUACAUGUUACCCCCUUUUCGACAGCCAUUAACCGGAAAGUUUUCUGACAGACGUGGUUUCUACGAAGUCGAAACGUACUGGUCCUUUGUUUUACCACAGUGACAUGAAAUGACAUGAGCCAGGGGGACUUAAACUUCCAUUUUAAAAUUUUUGUCGCACUUUAAGCUCACGAUUGUACCAAAUACAAGUUGGAAAGAGAUUAGUUAAAAUCAGGUGUCUGUUUCGACAACGCAUUUGUCAGUUAAAAAUUUUUGAAGUUGCAGCUAACCUUAAGUUAUUCCAAAAUAUGAGAGUUUACUGUUUGUUACUAGCAUUCUCUCUAUAAAAUCUAUUAACAAACAGCCUGUAUAUAUUGUACCGUAUUUAUGCAACAGAAAAAUUUAUUGUUUUGUUUAUAUCUUAUAUCCUUAUUCCAUAUUUUAUUUUACUUCAUUUUUUUGGUAACUUGUAAAAAAAUGCAAAUAAUAUUUGAGUAGGUUUUGUUUGCUUGUUUGUUUGUUUGUUUGUUUGUUUUCUAUCUGUCCAAUUGUUUAAUCUAUGGUGCUUCUUUCCAGUUUUUCUUUAUAAAUAUGUUUUUAUUUUCAAUUUUUAUAUAAUAUAUACGUAGAAAGUAUUUAUUAAUAAUUUUAUAUCAAGCAAUGUAAAAUAGAACGAUUUUAUAAGAGAUAUUGUUUCCUUUCAAACUUCAGAUAUCUUAAUAAUAUACAUAUUGCCUUCACCCAUGUAUAUUUUUCUGAAGAAGAGUUUAUACAGACAGCAAAAUCUGAUAGCUGAAAAUGAUAAUAACAAAAAAGAUAACUCGGCUUGAACUAAACUACAGUCUACUCUCGAUACGUGGAAUUCCGGAUAAGUGAAACUUCCGUUAAGUGGAACCAGUUUCCUCGGUCCCUUUGGAUUUGCCAUAACAAACCUCUUUUAUUAUAUACAGAUAAGUGGAACCCUCGAUAAGUGGAACUUUCGAUAAUUGGCACCAUUUUUUUGGUCCCUUGAGUAAUAUUUUUUUUGUAUAAGUGGAGCUUUUCCAAACGUUGUACCUUGGAAGAUUCUAAGUUAAUUAAAAAAGGAACCUUCACACAGUUUAAAACAAGAUAGUAUAAACGAAUAUUUUUUAUAACUACAUUGCUAAGAAAAAUCAUCAUGUGGAACAUAAAUAUCUAUAAAGAAUUUCAUUUUGUUUCUCCCCCUGUUUUUCAUUAUUCGUAACUUCCUUGGUCUCCUAAGAUUUCAGAUAACAGAGAAGUUCGAUAAGUGGAACUGUUUUUCGGUUUCAUAGCGAUUCCACAUAUAGAGCAAUUCGGAUAAGUGGAACAUUCGAUAAGUGGAACAAUUUUUUCGGUCCUGUGGAGGUUUCACUUAUCGAUAGUAGACUGUAUUUCCAUUGUUUUAGAAUAUUUUUUGCUGAUAAUAUAAAAUAAUUUAAGACUGUCAUGCGUAAUUUUAGACUUUUUUUACUUUUUUUUAUACUUCAUGGUGAUA